GGGUGAAGGAAAUGACUUCGAUCUUUCUGGGGUCUAAAGCAGACGUAUUCUAUCUCGAAGGCCAAACAUGGAUAUGUAAGAGUGAACUGACAAGUGAUGUCAUAAUUGAGGUAGAAGAUAUGUCCUUUCAGCUCCACAAGAGGCAAAUAUUCAGCAGUGAAAUGUCAACUUAUGUGGCACUUGUCAAUAUUUGCCUAGAGAACCCUGACUUGAAGUGAUAAAUCUGCAAGCACAGUUUUUCUCUGUAUUUUCUUGUAAGUUUUCAAUAUUCGUUCAUUACCCAUCACUGAAUCUAGUUUGAGGUGAAUGUUAUGCUAUGACAGCAUUGUUUGUCAACUCCACAUACAUGCUACUCAACAAGAAGCUUGGCAUAUCGAUCCUCACAAUUUGAGUUCAGCAUAACUUAUCAAUGAUUAUUUUAUUUUAUGAAUCUUCUAGAUAUAAAGAUUUUUAAUGACAGCUGCUAUUGUGACCACACAAUGUAAGUGGGAGGGAGAGAGAAAAAAUAAAGGCAGAGUAGAGAAAAGGCAAGAUAGGGAGAAAGAACUGGAAGGGGGAGGGAAAGAGGAUAGGGAGUUGAAGGCCCUUAUUUGGCUGUCUUGAAUGAGGCUUCAACUGUGAUUAUGAUGGACACCUUCACGGUUGUUGUGUGAUCAUUCAUUUGGCCGUAAAGGAUCACUGAUCAUCUAGCAAUGCAACUUUGAGUUAUUAUUGAAGUAUUUGAGUUCCCAUUGAUUACUAGGAGUGGGAUACUGCAAAAAAUGAUUAGUGAAUUCCACAACAAUGAUGGAAAGGAUUGCAUUCUUGAGCUUCAUGACAUCCCUGGCGGUGCCAAGGCUUUUGAGCUGGUUGCAAAGUUCUGUUAUGAUGUGAAGAUAGAGCUGAAUGCUCUGAAUGUGGUUGCUAUCCGUUGUGCUUCUGAGUACCUCCAGAUGACCGAAGAUCAUGGAGAAGGAAAUCUUAUCAUGCAAACUGAAAAUUUUCUCGAAGAAGUUCUGGGAGACUGGAAUGACUCGAUGAAGGCUCUUCAAACAUGCAAGGACAUUCUUCCUUAUGCAGAAGAGCUCCAUAUUGUUACAAGAUGUAUCAAUUCACUGGCAGCCAAAGCAUCUGUUGAUCCAACCCUGUUUGGUUGGCCCAUGAUUGGACAAGCCAACACAAAGAACCUUGGAGGCACCAUUCUGUGGAAUGGAAUUGGUCCAGGUGGAAAGUCUAGAUCCCCAGGUGCUGAUUGGUGGUAUAAAGAUGUUGCUUUCCUUGACCUGCCGACCUAUAGAAGGCUAAUACUGGCUAUGAAGUCAAACGGCAUGAAGCCAGACAACAUUGCUGGAUCUCUGAUGCACUAUGCAAAGAUGAGUCUGCCAGGGUUGAGUAGGCAGUCAGGCUUCCAAGACAGUGCUGAUUGCUUUACCUGUACCAACUCCACUGCAAUCCAAUCAGAAAGUGAUCAGAGGGUUCUACUUGAAGAGAUAGUAGAACUUCUGCCCAUGGAAAGGGGUGUCGCUUCAUCAAAGUUUCUGCUCGGUUUGCUCCAAAUGGCCAUGAUCAUACAUGCCAGUCCUUCCUGCAGGGAAAAUUUAGAAAGGAGGGUGGCAGAGCAACUAGAGGAUGCUGAACUGGAGGAUAUCCUAAUACCAAAUUUGGGCUACUCAAUUGAAACUCUAUAUGACAUAGACUGCAUGCAACGAAUCCUUGAUCGCUUUGUUUCUUUUAAUCAACCAGAAGAUAUAACAUCACCUGGCAUUGUGGAUGAGGGGGAGUUGAUGGCUAACGCUGUUGCACUGACACCAGUGACCAUGGUAGCAAAACUCAUGGAUGGGUACCUUGCAGAAGUAGCUUCUGAUGUUAACUUGAAGCUCCCUAAGUUCCAGUCUUUGGCAGCACUCAUCCCUGACUAUGCCAGACAAUCAACUGAUGGAAUCUAUCAUGCUAUUGAUAUAUAUUUGAAGUCUCACCCAUGGCUCACAGACUCCGAGCGGGAGCAGCUUUGUCGGCUUAUGAACUGCCAGAAGCUCUCACUGGAGGCUUGCACACACGCUGCACAGAACGAGAGGCUACCACUUCGAGUAAUCGUUCAGGUGCUCUUCUUCGAGCAACUUCGUCUGAGAACCACCAUCACCGGCUGGUUUUUUUCCUCUGACAAUGUGGAAAACUCUCAUGCUCGCAUGCUACCUAAGAGCAGUAGUGGGCUUAACCAAGCGGAGAUCACUCAAGAAGAUGUACAGAGUCUGAGCUUCGAAGAGAUGAGAUCCAGGGUUUCUGAUCUCGAGAAGGAAUGCUCAAGCAUAAGAGAAGAGAUUCAGAAGCUAGAGAGGUCAAAGAGUGCAUGGAGCAUCUUCUCCAGAAAGCUUGGAUUUGGGAUGAGAACAAAACGGUUCUUUAGCUCAAAACAGGCAUCUACUGACAGAUAGAUAGAUAGAUAGAUAGAUAGAUAGAUUAGAUAGAUUGCCGGUGCAGAAAUGCUUCACUGUUCGAAUUUUUUUUUUCACUUAAAUUGUACACUUUUUUUUUUUUUCAAUUCUUCGAUGGUUAAAUUGUUAAUAACCAAAACCACAUAUUCUAUAUAAUCAUGAAUAGGAAUCGAUUGUUACCGCUACAAUUGACAUUUAUGAACUUCUAAG